GGCUGAUAGGCUCGUGCUUGAAUGUUUGGCUACCGGUUUCGCCAAACCGCCGUCUGAUUUUGUGUCGCCACCGUUAACGUAGAGUUCUUUUUGGGCUGAGUACAGUUAACUCAGUAACUCUCGGAAGCCUAUAGAAUAGAAAUUAGAAUAGAUAAUGGAUAUAAAACAAAAAGUUAUACAAAAGUUUAAUGAACAAUUAGGAUCGACUUUAAAAAAUCUUGAAGGAAUUUACGAUUUUGAAGAGCAUCUCAAAGCAGAAAAGGAUGAGAUUGAAAAAUCACUCUCAAUGGCAUCGACCACUGCUCCUUCUAAGGUAAAGGCAGUAGUUGAAAAUGUAGAAUGUGUCAAUUUUGAAGUUGAGCAGUUACAAGAAAUUUGUUUAAAUCUCAGUAAGAGGAUCAAAGAGACAUUUAGCGAAAAUGACAAAAAUUUAGAGCUGCAAGAAGUUGUUGAUAAAAUAAGUCAGCUGGACAAAUCGUUAUCCUAUUUAUACUUCAUAAAAUAUGUAGAAAAUAUUAGCCAUGAAAUAGAAGCAUCCUUGUUAUCUGGCGAUGAUCAGUCGAUGAUAACUCUAUAUACAACCUUAACAAACAUCAGUUGCCAAUUGCAAACAUCUGUAUGUCAUCAUCUGGUCAAUUAUGUUCAUGAAACUUUACAUUUUUGGUACAAUAUAAUCAAGAAAAAAUUGUCAAAAGAAUACAAUGAUUUAUUGAAGACAUUAAAAUGGCCCUUUUGUGGAACCAAUGCUACUUCAUCAAGCACAUCUUUACCAGAAACAAUGACAAGAUUUAAGAUACUCAUUGAAUAUCUCUUUCAUCUACAGUUACCAGACGAAACGAUUAAACCGGUAGUAACUUCUGUGCUGUUAACAGACUUUGCACCAAUUAGUUUGCCAAUCACCUUCUUAGUACGUCCGCUCCGACAAAGAUUUGUUUAUCAUUUCACAGGAGCUAAAUUGACAAAUCGUCAAGAUAAGCCAGAAUGGUUUUUUACACAAAUAUUAACAUGGAUCAAAGAUCAUGUUCAAUGGGUACAAAAAAACGUUCAACCUGUAGCAGAUUCUGUAGGUUUCGCACAUUUAGAUGUAAAGGCGGAAUUUAUGCGUGCUUUAGUUCAAUUAGCUGUUGAAAAACUUCAUUCCGAAUUGCCCAUGGUGCAAUAUGAUGACACUUUAUUUGCGCAUUUAGUAGACGAAGCUUUAGGAUUUGAGAGAGAGUUGCGAGAGACUCUGUCGUAUCCUCACAAUCAGCCGGCUACUAUUUUUGUUCUUACGCAAGCCCAUAUUUUUGUAAAAUGGAUAAACAUGGAGAAAAAAUAUGCAACUGAAAAAAUGGAUGCAAUAUUAAGCUCAAAUACAGCUUGGGAAAGAUUGACGAGUCCUGAUAUAGAUGAUAUGAAAGUCACUGAAUGUGCAGACGCCUUUCUUACACUUCUUACCACUAUUUCUGAUAGAUACAAACAUUUACCUCAGCCUGGACAUAGAUUACAAUUUCUCGAAUUGCAAUUGGAAUUGAUUGACGAUUGGCGAGUACGAUUGUUACAAUUGUUACAUGAAAAUUAUGAAGAUCCAUUAACGUCACUUAUGCCAUAUAUUCUCAAUACACUACAUUAUGUGGCGACCGUUUUGGAAGAAUGGGGGGUGACUGUUCACUUCUUGCAACUGCAUUUCUUCAAGAAGCAAUUCGAAGCUGUGGAAAAUGCCACGGACAAAGGUAACGACGUUAAGAAUAUUGGAGAAAUAGAGGGAACUGUAUUUGAUGAAGCUGUAGUUCUUUUACGACGACUAGAGAAAGAACUGAUAAAUGAAAUCAGUGACUCGGUAGCUUUAGAUGUAAAAGCAAAAAGUAGAGCUUAUAGAACAGACAAGUAAGAAUUUUCCCAGUCUACUCAACUACAAUUAUUUUUCAAGUAAAAACUAGUAAGAAAGAAUAUAUAUAUAUAUAUAUAUGUACACACACACACAUAUAUACACAUAUAUACAUGUGUGUAUNNNAAUUUAGCUGCUCAAUUUGAUCAAUUUCUCUUUGAAGAAGUUGUACUAGUAAAUCAUUUCAAUAAUGGUGGUGCCGAACAAUUACAGUAUGAUAUUUUGAGGAAUCUGUUUCCAUUAUUUGGUUUGUAUAUUAACAAACCAGAAUCAUAUUUCCCUUUAAUCAAAGAAGCGUGUGUACUUUUAAAUAUCCUAAUGGGUUCAGCAAUAUUGCUUGAAGAAGCACUAAAUAAUGAUAAUAAAAAUGUAUCGGCAGAGAUCUUAGCGGAUGUCGGUGUGUACAAAAUGUCCGCCAAAUUGGCUCUAAAAGUAAUAGGAACGAGAACAGACAUCAUCCAUAUAUAGAAAAUCUUUCUCUUAA